AUGCCAUACUGUGAAGUAACCACGGCGCAGUCUCCACAAAGCCGCGUUCGCCCUUGGUACGCUGAAACACGAGGCAUCUACUCAACCAAUAACCAAGUCACCGUAACUGGGCUAGGAAUAAUACUCUUCCGGAACAAGCUCUACGCACCGAUAGAUAGCGAUCUAUCAUAUGUCGAGGUAGGGAUUGAUACGCUGGAGAGCUGGAGAAUUUGCGACCCAUCUCACGGCCGUUGGUGCUUUGGCUUUCACAACUCGUGCUGGAGAUUGCUGCUCCUUAGGCUCGGUCAUGCACAGGAUGGUUACUUGCACAACGAGACGGUCGUUGUAGAGUCAAUCUUUUAUCAACUCUGUUGCACUCCUUGCCUCGACUACUCCAGCUUCCAAUGGAGUCACGACGAUGGGGGCGCUGCGCGGACACACAUAUUGUACGGACGGAUACAGGCACGGGUCAAUGGUGUCUGUGGUUCCUCUGCGUCCGAUGGUGGGCGGCAUCCACUCCCAUCCCAUCAUAACACUAUAGUAAAGAUGUGUGAAAGCGUAGACAGACCUAACCACCAUAUCUUGAACGGGCUCUCACCCGAGCUGAGAUUCGAGAUAUUUUCCUAUUUAUCAUUUAACGAGCUGCUAAAUUUGAGACUCAUUUGUCGUGAACUAGCUCUACCAGCAAGACUCAAUACGUUGCCCCAGUCAUAUUGGCAGAGUAGGUUUCUUCUUGGUCAGGAGGCUGACUUUGUUUUCCCACGUCUUACGGAUAUACGGGACUGGUGUCGGCUUUACUCUGGGACAAGGGCAUCUCUUAACGCCGAACUCCUGCCCUUAGUCAAUCGAAAGAGGAUCCGGUUGCUAUUGGAACCUAUUGCUGCUCUUGUGGACCUAGAGGGUCCUCUGCGAAAUGGUCCGUACGGAUCUGCCUUUCAUCCGGCGCAAGGUCAAGACGGCAGCCUUCAGCUAUUCGAUGGCGAGGGUGCUGAAAGGCCGGCUCAAGCCCUGGUCUCUACUGGCGCGAAUAGUACCUUUGAUGAGGGAUGUCGUGAGCUUUACCACAGGACCCUGUCAUUUUUGGCCCCGCGCCAGCAGCAUCCAUGGCGGAUAGUCGGAUAUCACAAUCCGGUGCCUGAGAACUGGAUAGAGAUACCGUCCACACCCGACAUCAGAGUUAUUGGUGUGGCGCUUUGUGCGGAAGGGCUGAAGGCCAUCAAGCUUAUAUUCCGAAAUUCAGAUACAUCGGAAUGGGUUGGUCAUAGCAAUGGCCCAGGCAUCGCUUAUGGUACACUUGACAUUCCUGAUGGGUGUCACAGAAUUCAUAACGGUUAUGCGAGGUGA